CGAGUUGCCGGCGAUUCCAACUCGUUUAACUCAGAUUCUCAAAACUCACUCUUCCUCUUCCGACGCAGUUCCGACAAAUGGGUUCGGGGCUGAUUUUCCGAGGGCACGAAGCGGACCAACAGGUGGCGGACACCUAUUCGCCCAAACCUCCGAAGCCGUGGGCCUCCGUGACCCGCCCGAUUCAGUACUUGCUCCGAGAGCAGCGCCUCGUUUUCAUCCUUGUGGGCAUUGCUAUCGCCACCGUAGUGUUCACCCUCCUCCCGUCCUCCGCCCCUAUUUCUCCGUACGCCACCGGUAACGUCCCGAUCUCGAACGAGUACGUCCGGUACGACUUCGAUUCGUCGGCGACGGCCCAUUACAAGCCGGCCUACGACCGACGGUUCGGGUUGAACAGCUGGAAUUCUGGCGGCAAGGUGCCCCUGGGGCUGAAACGAAAGGGGCUCCGGAUCGUCGUGACUGGCGGGGCCGGGUUCGUCGGAUCGCAUCUUGUGGACCGUCUGAUUGAGCGAGGCGACAGCGUGAUCGUUGUGGACAAUUUCUUCACCGGAAGGAAGGAGAAUGUGAUGCACCAUUUCGGAAACCCGAGGUUUGAGCUCAUCCGGCACGACGUCGUUGAGCCGCUUCUGCUCGAGGUCGACCAGAUCUACCAUCUCGCUUGCCCUGCCUCCCCUGUUCAUUACAAAUUCAACCCUGUCAAGACCAUUAAAACCAAUGUGGUGGGGACUCUAAACAUGCUGGGUCUCGCAAAGAGGAUCGGCGCGCGGUUCUUGCUGACGAGCACCAGCGAGGUGUACGGCGAUCCUCUGCAGCACCCGCAGGUUGAAACCUACUGGGGCAACGUUAAUCCAAUCGGUGUCCGAAGUUGUUACGACGAGGGAAAACGUACGGCCGAGACAUUGACCAUGGACUACCACAGAGGAGCUGGAGUUGAGGUUAGGAUUGCUAGGAUUUUUAACACAUACGGGCCAAGAAUGUGCAUAGAUGACGGCCGUGUUGUUAGUAACUUUGUUGCUCAGGCGUUGAGGAAAGAACCGAUGACGGUUUAUGGUGACGGGAAGCAAACAAGGAGUUUCCAAUAUGUUUCUGAUCUGGUGGAAGGUCUGAUGCGUCUGAUGGAAGGUGAACAUGUGGGACCCUUCAAUCUCGGAAACCCGGGUGAAUUCACCAUGCUCGAACUUGCAAAGGUGGUGCAAGAAACAAUCGACCCAGCAGCAAAGAUCGAGUAUAGGCCGAACACAGAGGAUGACCCCCACAAGAGGAAACCUGAUAUCACAAAGGCUAAAGACUUACUCGGCUGGCAACCAAAGGUGUCCCUUCAAAAGGGUCUCCCUCUCAUGGUCUCUGACUUCAGGAAACGCAUCUUCGGUGACCACAAGGAAGGUGGCGCUACCACCGCCCUGUAAUAUAUCUCCCGAUGUUAAUGUCUUGGCAUGGCAAUUGGAAAAUAUACUUGAAUUCUCACUUGCAAACCGGCAACGGGGAAAGACAGUUCCUUUCUUUCGUUCUUUCUUUCCCGUCCAAUUCCCAGACGAAAUACAGCAGCAAAGAUCUCGCAGCUGCAGUAGUAGCAAAAACAGUAGCGUAUAAGUUCCAGCACCCGUUUGUAUGUCCUUUUGUUCGUUCUGUGUUGUUAUCGUCUUAAAGCUUAAUAGAACAGCGAGAGCUUCUCUUUUCCGUCUUCCUAUUCUUUUCUGUGCCACCGGUCUCCAUUAGAGGCGGCAUUGAUAAGAUUACAUAAAUUUUCAUGAUAUUUACUUCUUGUAUUCUGAAUUAGCUUCUCCAAAUUAUUGAUCCAUUUCAUUAGUUACA